AUGUCCACACCUUCUGUCAAAGUCAAGCUCGGCACCGUUCACUAUCCAGACAAACCCAUUGUGAACCCCAAGCUCGGCACCAUCCAGCUCACGCAUAAACCCACUGCAAGCCUCCGCUACAGUUUCGCAGCUGGAGAUGGAGAUGACAACAAAACCCUCGUGGUCUUUUUGAACGGUCUGAUUCUACCACAAUCUUCUUGGGCAGAAACAAUAUCGCAAAUCGCCAUAAAGACCCAAGAAGCUAACAAUCUACGACCACAUCUACUAUCCUACGACCGAUAUGGUCAGGGCUUGUCCGACAGAGAUCCAAACGGUACACACGAUGUCCAAGAUGUCGUUACAGAUCUCUACGCUUUUCUGCAGGCCUUCACGGAGAAAGAGCUCAACUCUAGAUCACCCAGACACCUAAUCUUGGUCGGGAAUUCGAUAGGCUGUGCUUUUGCCCGCCUCUACGCAGCCGCUCAUCCUGGUACUGUCUCCGGCUUCAUAUUCCUGGACUCUAUAAUGGCGCAUAUCGACCUUGCAUCACUCUGGCCGGAUCCGGAUGAUCCAAAGUUCGACGAAAAGGAGCUGCCCAAAGGUACCACUACCGACCAGCUACGCCACAUAAGGGAGAAGUACAGAACGAUAUUCGACGUUUACUCUUCCAAUGCAGAAGGAUUGGACAGGUCUGGUCUUCCCGAGCUUCUACCACUUGCGUACACACCCAAAUUGCAAGGUCCGGACGGACCACCUUGGAUCACAGUUAUUGGUCAUGAUCCAGAUACCUUCGCAGCGGAGAAUGAGAGAAGCUAUGGGGUUCCUCAAGCCCUUGUCAACAAGUACAUCAAUCCGAUUUGGCAUGAAUACAAUGAAGGCCUGACCAGACUGACGGAAGAUGAGGAAAGACGCGCUGGACCAGCUAUGGCCGGAAGAUGCGGUCACUUUAUCCAGAGAGAUGAUCCCGUUCUUACUGCAGAACGAGUGCUCGUCAUGUUGCACAAGACGAGCUCCACUUGGUAUGCACGAUGA